UACAGUAAAAAACUCUAAAACAGCAACGGUAAAAUACUUUUUAAACCUAAAUAGUAUAUCACCGUAUUGCAUGCAUUAAAUUACCAUAAUUUAAGAAACAGUACAUACAUUUUAUUUUUACUCUCUUAAUAUGUAGAAAACACAGAUUCUUACAGUAAAAUUUUUAAUUUUGGGUGAAAUUAAUGGGAAAAUACUGUGCCUUUACAAACAAGGAAUUACCUUAAAAACAAUGGUAUUAUUCUGUGUAAAUUAUCACAUUUUCUUAAUGUGUACUGUAGAAUUUACUAUAUAAAACUGUUUAAAAUCCAACAAACACAUACCUUAAAUCCUACAGUAACAAGAUGUUAAACAUGUUUAUCUUUUUGUCAAUUUUAGUUAAAACUUUAAAUAUUAUGUAUGUAUUGUCCUUUUAUGGAUCUAAUCUGAUAGUUAAUGCUAAUUGCAAUGAAAACAAAACGAAUGUCUUGAAGAAAGUCAAGAAAUAAUUUUAUCAUAGCUAUUCUAAAAAAAGAUUUUCCACAUUAUUUCUUAAUUACCACAACUAGACUAUAUGAAUAGGAUGAACAAAGCAAAACUGUUCAAACAUAAGAAAAAAACUUGACCAUUUUAAAACAAUUAUGAAACUGUGUUUUUAUUAGUGGUGCUUGCGAAAUGGCAUUUGAAAUAAUAAUAAAAAGCGUGAACAAACGUAAAGACCGAACCGCCGAAGAAGAAACACACAAGAGGAAGAAGAUCGUCUCCCCACUUCUAAGAUUAGGCCUGUUAAUUGCGCAGCGCGACCUGCAUGCAGCAAGUGGUGAGUACUCCUUUGGCUACUUUUUCACGGGGUAACUUGCAAGUUGCAAAACUAAGGUAAUAGAUUAUCGUGCACUGCUAACGCAAAGUGUAAUUCUGAUGCCUUGUCAACUUGCAUUUAAGCUUGCGUUUUCAAAUGACUUAAAUUAAGGUUACGUGGUAACUCGCUAAUGAAAAAUGUGCUUGAAAACUCAUACACUGCUAAUGCGAAGUGUACUUUUGACGUCUUUUAAUCUUCUUUUAAUCCAUUUCUUGGCUUACUUUUAAAAAUGCUUAAGAGAGCACGACAAUUCAUUAAUAACGUUAACGGUCGAUGUCGUUUUAUAUUUCAGUCAGCGCCAUUUUAGCGCGCCAAGCAGCUGCUUUUGGAGUACAUACACCAUCCUCGUCCAUCCUUUUGAUUUCUGGGAGUUCAACAUUUCUUUUCGAGGUAAGCCAAACAAUACUGUUACAAACUAAAAAGUUAAAGAUUUAUUUUCCUUUCGUUGUUGUUAUUUAACCAGUUUUGGCUAUGUUUAGUUGCAAUUUCUGUGGCAAGUCGGUCAAGUCAUUGAGGGGGUAUGUACUUCAUUGUAAACUUCAUCGAAAUGAACCACGUUGUUUAUUUAAGUGCUUUGCGGUCGAUUGCAAACAGACUUUCGUUACAUAUGCAUCGUUUAAGGCUCAUUUCUACCGCAAACAUAAUGUAAAUGCACCUGUUAACGUUACUGUCGGUACAGCUGUUGUCGCUGUUAAAUGUGCGGUGGCGUUAUGUGAACGACAGUGUCAAGAUGCUAAUAGUCUAAUAGCUCACUUGAAAGAGCAUAUUGUGGAAGGACGUGCUGUGAGUUGUCCAGUGAGAGGAUGCACAGAUGUUUUUAAGGUCAAAUCUUCAUUUUCCUCCCACAUGUCACGGAAACACAGAGAUUUGACAGAAAGCAGAAUCAGUGACUUGUAUAGAGACUUGUCGGCUUAUCAGUCAUCAUCACAAUCUGUUCCAGCUGAAUUACAUGACUCUUGCCCUGAAUUUGUUGAGGCAGGCACAGAUGAAGGGUAUAUGGACACAUCAGAUGAUUUCAGUGAUCUUUUUCUUAGGAAUGUUUGUUUAUUUUACUUAAAACUGCAGGGACAGUUCUUACUACCUGCUUCAACCACACAGCACAUUGUUGAUGAGAUUCAAAAUAUACACGAGUUGGGUCAGACAUAUUCAUUAAGUAAACUUACUGCACUGCUAAAGAAUGAAACAUCCUUAUCAGAUGAUGACAUCGCCAAUAUUUGUCAGUCUGUCAGGGAAUCUGAUCUGUUCUCUGAUUGUCAUACAGGGCCAAUGAGGACUGCACACUCAAGAACUCAGUGUUUCAAAAAAAUGUUCAACUAUGUGGAGCCUAAGAAAGUUUUUUUAGGAAGGGAUGAGAACAGAAUAGGUAGGUGUGCCUAUUAUGUGCCUGUCAAAGAGACUUUAGAAUGCUUUUUAAAAUCUGGUAUGUGGCAGAAUUGUGUGUCAGAGGAGCACUCUGCUGAGCCUCGCUCAGAUGUUUUAACUGAUGUUACUGAUGGUCAGAUGUUCAAAUCUAAUGACUUUUUUGUUCAAAAUCCAUCAAGUCUGAGGCUAGUACUGUACCAGGAUGCCUUUGAAGUCGUUAACCCUUUAGGCUCCGCAAAGACGAGACAUAAAGUAUUAGCUGUUUACUUAUCUGUUGCUAAUUUGCCACUUCAUGUACGGUCUGACACAAACCACAUGUCACUUGUUUUAUUGUGCAGAGAGAAAGAUUUCAAACUAUUUGGGCAUGCUAAGGUGUUCUCUGAUUUACUAGCCGAUUUGAAGGAAUUGGAGGAGAAUGGGAUUGCAGUAUCAGAUGAAACCGUUGUAAAAGGAACGUUGUAUUGCAUUGCUGGAGAUAAUCUGGGUUCGCAUUGUAUCGGUGGCUUCUCUGAAAAUUUCAGUCGUGCAGAAUAUUUCUGUAGAUAUUGUCUAAUAACCCGAUCUGAAUUUCAGGGCGAUGAUCCUAAUGUUUGUGGAUCAGCCCGCACCAUUGAGAACUACAAUUUAGCUGUUGACCGCAUCCAGACUGAAGAAACACAUGGCGUGGAAGGAGUUAAAUUCAAAAAUGGAGGAUGUAGAGCCAAGCAACGUACGCAGUGCCAUUACCAAUGUGUUACCAGAUCUCCCAACCUCAGUUGUACAUAUUGUAUUGGAGACACUACAAUCUUUAGGUGUGGAAUCCAUUGAAGAUUUUAAGUACAUUCAGGAAGCUGAUCUGCUCACAAUACUGAGACCAAUUCAAGCUAGAAAAUUGGUUGGUGCCUGGAAGCAAACCACACAGACUACAGAAAUCCAUAGCCAGUCAACAUUAACCUCUCCACCAUCCUCAGCGUGCUCCUCAGUCUCACUCUCUCCCUCACCCUCACCCAGCCGCCUGAUUGCUACUAUAGAUUGGGUUGACAGCUUCCAGAUUCCAUGGAAGAAGCUUCCUGAAGCAUCGAUGCAGUGUUUGGAGAGAGGGAAAAGGCCAAGCCCAAAGUUACGUAGAGAAAUGAUCCGUAUUGUAGUUUCAGAAAUGAUGCUUGCCUGUGCUUCUCCCAGUAAACAAGCCUCCACAGAAGUUGCCAAGAAAAUGGUUGCAAAGUAUCCAUGCUCACUGCAAGAUGUCAUAGAAAGUGAUGUGGUAGGAGCAGGAUAUCACUCACUGGUCAAGCAGCUGCAAGCACGAAUUGAAAAUGUAAAGCGGUCCUCAGUACCAAGGAUACAGAAGCGCAAACGGGGGUCAGAUGAAUGUGAUACUGAUGAAAUCCCAGCUGAACAAAGGGCAGCUGUUCAGGACACAUAUGGCUGCAUAAUGUGGGAUAUGAAAUUUAUGCCAGUGAGCGAGACACUGGAAAGCCAACAAGAGAAAAAAGACCAAAUGAAGGUGCUCAGUGAAAAGACAACUUUCAGUCCAGAGGAGGUAAAACCUCUUAUGAAGUGCACCUUCUUCUCCCAGCGUAAAGCAAUAAACAGUGGAGCAGAUCUGCAGUCGCUCAUCGAGGAGUGGCCUUUUUUGUUUAAGGAGAUUGGCAUGAUAGUUCACUUUCAUGACCUUACUGGUGUAUCACUAAAAGAGACAUUCUUCAGAAAUGUCGAGAAAAAAGGAAAACGGGUUCUGGACUUCAUGAGAGGCAUUGGUGCAGACAGGAGCAAACAAGUUUUGCAAGCUGUAACAAAGCUGAAAAUUCAGAGAGGACAGUUAGAGGGCUGCUCAGAAGAUGUGAAGGAUCUGGUGCUCCUCCUGCUCUCCUACUUUAAUGAAAAAGAGGAGGACUUGUUCUACUAUGUUGAAGAAACUUGUAUGACAAAAGAAGUACAAGUGGAAAGCUUGCCUGUGACACCAUGUAUCAUUGUUUGUGGAACAUCAUGCUAUGCUGCAAAGCUAUUCAUGCUGAGUGUAGACCAAAAAAUUGUGAAUGACGACAUCUCCAACUUCAUCGCUGCAGUCUGCAUGAUGUUUGCAAGCUAUUACUGCCUCAAUAUCCACUAUCCUGUGGGUCUUGGCUCCACACUUGAGUUCAUUCAGAGGUGUUUCUUCAACAUCAAUCCUGAGAAGGGCACAAAAGUGGAAACUAAGAAGAACAAGAAGCAACUAUCAGUGAAUCCAAGAGUCCUCAGCCUCAUCGCGGAUCUCUCUGAUCAUGAGUGGAGAGAGACAUGUUAAAUAUGGACGUUCAGUUAACAUCCAGUUGAAGUGUUAAGAUAACACUUAAACAGCACCACCUGUAUGGAACAGUACCCACUUUACUUUAACUGUUAACCACUAACAGAAAAAGUAUUCUUUAAGUUUUUUUUUUGUUAAUGUUUUAAUAAGCAUUGGUUUUGGUUCAGUUAAAUUGGUAAACUGGCUUAUUCCACCAUCUUGGUAAAAGUUACCAAUGUCUAAUGAUAACUUAAGAAAAAUGUAACAGAUUUUUUGGGACAGUUUUGUUAAAGGCUGCAUUUGUUCAGAUUACUGCAGUUCUAGUCUUUACUAAAGAUUCUAAAGAUGUUACACAACAAUUGUAUGAAACUCCCUGCAUAGUGUUAUAUGCUGAGUUUUGAUUUUUUUCUCUCAAAAUAGUCUGAGACUAGCAGAGAGUUCAGAAUGUUUGCUUGUCUACAUGCAGAGGUAAAUAAAACCAUUGCAAAUCAUUUCUGGACACCUUUUUUUUCAAUGAUUUUUGUGACCCUUCAGAUUAGGUUAACGGCUGGUACUCUACUUAAAAACAUUGCAUUUAAACUUGUGAGUGGCUGAUGACUUGGAAGAAACAACUUCUGGACCUUUGUGACAUCAAAGAGUGAGGCUGUAUGCGACAGGGACCUCAUCAAUCUCUUUUUCUUCUGGAAAAUUCACGGGAUUGGCAAGUCUCUGAGCUUUAAAAGAUGAAGAAAAUGGCAGUCCAUGCAGUACUACAUUUCCAGUUUCUCGAACUGAUUUAGUGCCAUGUCUUCAGUCAAGUGUGGACUUAUUAUUAUUGUUCAAACAGAGCAAGUGGCCCUGGUUUACUUUUAUAUAUGGACACAUUUUAUUUCCAAGAUCAACAUUGUGAGUACACUGCAAGUUACUGAAUCAGCUCAAACUGUUUUAACACAGUGUCAGUAUGCAAAAACGUUUUUUUUAAAUCUGUUAAUGAUAAUUUGUAUGUUGAUUGACUGCAUUUAUUACCUCAUUUAGUAAUUUACAAUAACCUGACUGACUGUUGUAAAAUCUAUGGCAACCACUUGUAAUGCCUUUUGUGUUAUACCGUAUUUUUUGCGAUGAAAUUCUGGCAACCACAGCUGCCGGUAAUUUUCUGUAAAAUUGAAGU